UCUGAUUUGAUAUUUAACCAUAAGAACAACUAAUUCCACCUACGUCGAUGCUCUACAAUUGCGCAGGGGGGCCAGCGAGCAAUGCAACGUCCCAAUGAGCCCGAAUCCGAUGUGGUAAGCAUACAGGAAGAGAUAAAUGACCUCGAACGCAAACUGGAAGAUGCGAAACAGCGCCUUCGCUAUGCUAAUAGAGCUCCAUCUCCCGCAAAAAGUUUAACCCCUCCAGGCCCUGGUCCCCUGGCAAUCCCCCACGCCCUUCUGCUCCUAUCCGACUCCGCCCUCCCGCUUGGUUCUUUUGCCUACUCUAGCGGCCUAGAAUCCUACCUUGCACAUAACAAACUGCUAAAAUCACAGUCUCAAUCACAAUCGCAACCUCACACGAACCCAAUAACGUCUUUUCACCUCUUCCUGUCUUUCUCCCUCGCUUCCCUCGCCAGCACAACCCUCCCCUACGUUUUGACUGCUCACAGACACCCCGAGCAACUAGAAACACUAGACAAUGACCUGGACGCAUCAACCCCAUGCACCGUAACACGCCGCGCAAGCGUAGCACAGGGCCUAGCAUUGCUAGGGGUCUGGGAGAGGGCGUUUAAAGAUGCUUAUACACACACGCACGACAAUAAAUCCACAAACAAAAACACGAACACCAACGGUAUAAAUAUUACACGCCCGCCCACACACCCACUCGCCCCCUCCCAAGCCGCCGUAGCCGCCCUAUCUGCAUUCUCCAACACCCUGAAAGCUACUUUCUCCAUCCCCUCCUCCAAUCCAACUGACCAUCUAAACGGCCACCUCCCGCCUCUCUGGGCCGUCGUCUGCGCCGCCAUGGGCAUCGACAUAACCUCCACCGCGUACGUCUACAUGCUCAAUCACGCAAAGGCAGUGCUGAGCGCUGCCGUGCGCUCGUCCGUGAUGGGCCCCUACCAGGCACAGGCGGUGUUGGCCAGUCGGUGGUUGCGGGAGAUGAUUGAGAGCCGAAUACAGAUGCACUGGACUGUGAGGCCUGAGGAGGCGGGCCAGGUUGUACCAACGGUUGAUUUGUGGGUGGGGAGGCAUGAACUGCUUUACAGUCGAAUAUUUAAUUCAUGAUACGGUGGUUUGCCAUAUGGAUACUUUAACUAGGCGGUUUCUAAUCUAGGUUGGGGGUUGUGGAAAGAAUGAAUGAGAGAUGAAGUGGUACAUGUUAGUGUUUAUCAUUGAUUCGGGCCAUGCAAUUUUUCCGGCCUGUUGAUAUGCUAGGAUCCCUUUCUGGUAAUAUAUUGCGAAAAUGAUUAGAACUUGCAUUGUUUAUUUGCUCCACCAUAGAAGCGGGGUUCUGCAACUAAGAACUAAUGUAUAAUAUCAUUGUUAUGAUGUUCAUCCUGACAAUAAAGACGUAAGAUCAACUCUAACCUUGUAACUAAAGCCUAACACAACUGAACUAUAUACAAAUCAAUUGAGUUUGUUGGAAAAUGGGAAGCCUAGUUGUAGAAAACAAAAAGAAAAAGAGUAUUUCAAAGUUCAUUAAACCAUUGUAGUCGGUAACCAGUAU